AUGGCGACAUUUGCCCCUCCAGCCCGCCGCGACGACUUCCUCUACUCCUCCAUCCUCUACGCAGACCCUGGCGGGCAUCACCACGCGCGCGCCAGUGUCGCCGAGCUCGCGGUUCUCCUCCGUUCGGAAGCGCCCAAUCUCUACAGCAAGGGUAGAAAGCCUGAAUUUGCGACACCAAUGGAAGACCAGGUGUGGCAUUUCUAUUCAGCCCAGCUCAUUCACUACGGAUUGCCGGUCACGAAGGACAAGAACGCGGCAAAAGUGCGGCUCCUCAAUGCCAUGAAUCAGCUUAAGCUUGAGGUAUCUGUGUGGGUGUUAAAAGUAGAGAGCGAACUAAGAGCAGAGUGGGAAGCAGGAAACAGGAAACUGAAGAAGGGUGGUAGUGUGAUGAGCAAGAAGGCGACUAAGUCGAGCGUUGCUCGUGAUCCAAGCAUUGGUAGUGCUCAAGGAAGCAUAGCUAGCACUGUUAACGUCUCUGUCAACCUAACCUUGGCCUCAGGAGGACUAUCAUAUGACCAGUAUAUGGAUGCGCAGCACAAUGUCUCCAGUCCGAUAGUGACGCCACAGAAAGCAGCAAGAGUCAAGAAAGAGCCAGUGCCAAAGAAAACACCCAUCAAGAAGGAACUUGUCACCAAGCGAUCUCCCUACACUGUCAAGCAAGAAGACCGCGUCUCAGUACCGUCAUCAAGCCCUUCGCGUCCUCGCGCCAAGCAAGAGCAGUACGACGCAAAGUCAAUGCGUUCCUCUCCCUAUAACAAGUCCGCCCCGUACCAGAACUACUACCAGCCCGAGCCCUCUCUCCUCCUCAGCGGUACAUACUCUAUCUCCUGCGAAACUGUGAGCUCCACCUUCAACGACUACAACCUUGACCUCACUCUCGCUCGUGAUUCCUCCCGUGGCAUCUGGUGGGCGACAUUCCGCUGGGGCGCUUGGGACAGUAUCAUCCAGAUGAAUCCUGGUCCUAGUGAUUCCGAUAGUCUAGGUCAACCUUGUUCGCUUGGCUGGCGUCUUCGUGAUCUAAGGACCGGACAGCUGACGUUUGGUCGUAAGUGCACCGGUACUAUGACUUUCUUCGCAGAUGGAACGAUAGAUGGGUGUCUGUACGAGGUGCCGGGUGUCAGUGACUUGGGGUUUGAGGGUAGGAGGGUGUCUGGCGGGAGCUUGGAGGAUGAUCUGAAGGAUGAGUGGGAUGGGGUUGUUGCGGAGGCUUAUCGCCGUUGA